UAAGAACUAAGAAUGAACGGUGAUGCGAUAACGGAGUCUCCUAGACGCGCGCUUUGGGAGCGGCUGGGAUGCGCUCGCGGCGUUUGUGCAAGAUUGUGCAGACGGCGGGCGAGGGCGCGGGUAGCGCCUACGCAUGGUGGAAGCAGUACUAACAGGAGUCGUGAAUCCCGUCGGCGCAUCAACCACCCCCCCUCCGCGCUGUACAGCGUGGUGGGAGAGAAGCUGCGCGUGGGCACGCCGCGCGCGCUGCAGUGCGCGUUAUUCUGCGGCGGCCCGCGCUGCCGGUAUGAGCUGCCGCAGCCGGGCACUGCCAUACAGGGGCUUUAUUCUGACUGGGUUACGGACGAUAUCCUCGCGAUGGCGCGGCCCAGCACCGCGAGCAUCGCCGCCAGGAAUAUUAUACAACAGUUCCAUAGCUGGGGUAUUCGCACAGUAAUAAACCUCCAGACCCCGGGGGAGCACGCCAGCUGUGGACCCCCACUCACCAAGUCGGGGUUCACGUACGACCCCACCAUUUUCAUGGCCAAUGAUAUAUACUACUACAAUUUCGCGUGGCCGGACUACGCGGAGGCGAGUCUGAGCGGUCUCCUCAAUAUGGCUAAGGUGCUGUCCUUCGCCUUGCAAGAGGGCAGGGUGGCUAUUCACUGCCAUGCAGGGCUAGGGCGUACAGGAGUCCUGAUAGCCUGCUACCUAGUCUACUCCCUGAGGAUCAGAGCCAACGACGCAAUCAGACUGGUGCGUAAGAAGCGCCCCAAGUCUGUGCAGACGUCUGGACAGAUCCUGUGUGUGCAGCAGUUUGAACACUAUAUGUUGCCACAGACUAUCGUUUUUAGUUCCAAAGAAACUCUAAAUUUGACAAAAGACAGGAAAACGUCGGAGUUUACAUUAAAACAGUACCUGUAUCGACAGCGUGCGACUCUGCAUGGACUCGAAGAGAGAGCCUUCAGGGAACUGCCAAAAAUAGUAUACUGCCUCUGUGAACGUCUUCUGAAGCUAUGUGGGUGUCAGCAGAGCGUGGGGCUGGACUUCCGCGUGAAGAACAAACCCUUUUACAAGUCUUUCAUGGUGUACAAGCUGAGGAAGAGCAAACCUCCCGACCCUACGACUCCUGAGGAGGCCACUACUGAACAUGAACAAAUUCCAACACUGCCAAUGGUGGAAUGGCGCGACCCGGUGGAGGAGGACAUCGAGAGGAACCUGGAGUCCGUCAGCCGUAUCACGGGCACUGCCAACAACGGCAGUUUGCCGGCUUUGCAGAUUUAUGAGGCAUUCACAGUAGACCAUCAUAGUCUUCCAGAAGAAAGGAUGAAAUAUUUAAAGCAACUUCGCAAUGAAAUCAAUCAACAGAGAGAAGCCUUCGAUAAAAUAAAUGUUGAGAACGACCCCACGAUUCUGACGGGGUUGCUGUUUGAAUGGCUGGAGGGUCUGAAGCAGCCAGUGCUGGACCGAGAGGAUCUCUCCCUCAUUGUGGGCAGGGCGUACAAUGUGGAGUCUUGUGUGUUGGCAUUGACUAUGGAAGACAUCAUGCUCCUAGAAUACUUGCUCCGCUUCGUGACACGUCUCCGCCCCCUCGCUGCCAACAAGAAAGUGGACAUUCUGAAGCGACUCCUCGCCUCCCUCACGCAUCAGACUGUCAGCAUCAACGGACGUUGUCUUCCUACCCGCAAGGACUUCCAAAGACUAAGAGAAGGCACCAGCAGCCAGGUGAUAAACUUCAUGCUGCGUAUGAUAGUAGAGCUGCAGAAGGAUAUGAUGAAGCCUGGGAAAGAUGAUGCCGAUGUCGUGGUACCGCAACGAAGGUUCAGAAUAAAGGCUUGGAAAUAA